AUGGUUCAGCGCGUCACCCUCCGCACCCGCAAGUCGUACUCGACCAAGUCGAACGGCAAGCGCAUCGUCAAGACCCCCGGUGGCAAGCUCCGCUACCUCACGGUCAAGAAGGCCGCAGCCGCCCCCAAGUGCGGUGACUGCCACAUCGCCCUCCCCGGUGUCCCUGCUCUCCGCCCCCGCCAGUACGCCCAGAUCUCGAAGCGGGAGAAGACCGUCCAGCGUGCGUACGGUGGCUCGCGCUGCGCCAACUGCGUUCGCGACCGCAUCGUCCGCGCGUUCCUUGUCGAGGAGGCCAAGAUCGUCAAGCGCGUUCUUGCCCAGCAGCAGGCCAAGAAGGAGAAGAAGUAA